AACUAUAGCCUAAACUAUACACUAGCCUACAGAAUAGACUCUAGACUAUAGUCUAGACUUGACCAUAACCUAUAGUUGCAAUUAAGUCCCAAAGAUUAUCUGAAAUUUUAUCCAUCUUGUUUAAUAACGUCUCCAUUAACAUAACUCCCUCACAUCUCUAUAAUACCGCUAAUUAUUAUUUAAUUUGUUUUAUAAUUUGUAAAUUAAUUUUUAAAUGAUGUAUGUUUUUUACCCAUGUUCAAGGGCUAUUUUUUUCCAAAUUUUAUAAUUAACUCUAAAUUUAAGGGGCUUGAAAAAAAUUAAUAGCUGAAAACAAAUUCGCAUGCAUUUUUACCUUAUACCUCGCAAACCAUUAAAUUAUCAAAAAAUUAAUUAUAAAAUCUUCCCCAUCGCACAUAGUUACCGAACCCCCUAAGGGUUUACGUCACAUUUUGACCAGCCAAGGUCCUGAGGCCUUCGCCAAGGAGGUACGUUCCCGUAAAAACCUCCUCUUGAUGGACACCACCUACAGAGAUGCUCAUCAAUCGUUAUUGGCCACCCGUGUUCGUUCCCAUGAUCUUUUGAAGAUUUCUCCCUAUGUUGCUAAUAAAUUCAAUAAUUUGUAUUCUUUGGAAAAUUGGGGUGGUGCUACCUUUGAUGUAGCACUACGUUUCUUGCACGAAUGUCCCUGGGAACGUUUGGAAGAGAUGCGUAAAUUGAUACCCAACAUUCCAUUCCAGAUGUUGUUGAGAGGUGCUAAUGCUGUGGGUUAUACCAACUAUCCCGAUAAUGUAGUCUAUAAAUUCUGUGAAUUGGCGGUUCAAACUGGUAUGGAUAUCUUCCGUGUCUUCGAUUCCUUGAACUACUUGCCAAAUUUGAUUUUGGGUAUGGAAGCUGCCGGUAAAGCUGGUGGUGUUGUUGAAGCUGCCAUUUCGUAUACCGGUGAUGUUAGUGAUCCAGCACGCACUAAAUACGAUCUUAAAUACUAUACCAACUUGGCUGACGAAUUAGUUAAGGCCGGCACACAUGUAUUGUGUAUCAAGGAUAUGGCUGGUUUAUUGAAACCCCAGGCUGCUACACUUUUAAUUUCUGCCAUUCGUGACAAGCAUCCCGAUGUACCAAUUCACAUUCACACUCACGAUACCUCAGGCGCUGGUGUUGCCUCAAUGUUGGCUUGUGCUCAUGCUGGUGCCGAUGUUGUUGAUGUUGCUGUUGACUCCAUGUCCGGCAUGACUUCUCAACCCAGUAUGGGUGCUGUGGUUGCCUCUUUGCAAGGCACUCCCUUGGAUACCCAAUUCGCUUUAAGUGAUGUUUCCGAAUAUUCUGCCUACUGGGAACAGACACGUACCUUGUACGCUCCCUUCGAAUGUACCACCACCAUGAAGUCUGGCAAUGCUGAUGUCUACAUGAACGAAAUUCCCGGCGGUCAAUACACCAACUUACAGUUCCAAGCUUUCUCAUUGGGUUUGGGCGAUUUCUUCGAGGAUGUCAAGAAGGCCUACAGAGAAGCCAACUUGUUGUUGGGCGAUAUUAUUAAAGUAACUCCCUCCUCCAAGGUGGUCGGUGAUUUGGCUCAGUUUAUGGUCCAGAACAAAUUGUCAUCCGAUCAAGUAUUGGAAAAGGCCGAAGAAUUGUCAUUCCCCAAGUCGGUUGUCGAAUUCUUGCAGGGUUCUAUUGGUAUUCCACACGGUGGCUUCCCUGAGCCAUUGCGUUCACGUGUCCUUAAGGAUAUGCCACGUGUUGAAGGCCGCCCUGGUGAGAAUUUGGCCCCCUUGGACUUUGACAAAUUAAAGAAGGAUCUUAAGGAUUCCCAUCCUCGUGUCACCGAACGUGAUGUUAUGUCUGCUGCUUUAUAUCCCGCUGUAACUGAAGAAUAUUUGCAUUUCCGUGAAUCUUAUGGUCCCGUUGAUAAAUUGGAUACACGCAUUUUCUUGACCGGUCCUAAAGUAGGUGAAGAAUUCGAAGUCAGUCUAGAGAAGGGUAAAACUUUGAGUUUGAAGACUUUGGCUAUGUCGGAAGAUUUAACACCAAAUGGUGAACGUGAAGUGUUCUUCGAAAUGAACGGUCAAUUACGUUCCGUAUUGAUUCGUGAUAAUGAAGCUUCUAAGGAAAUGCACAUUCAUCCUAAAGCCUCCAAAUCGAACAAGAACGAAGUUGGUGCUCCAAUGCCUGGUACCGUAAUCGAUGUACGCGUUAAGGAAGGUGAUAAAGUAGAAAAGGGUCAACCUUUGGUUGUCUUGUCGGCCAUGAAAAUGGAAAUGGUGGUACAAGCACCCAAGGCUGGUAUUGUUAAGAAAUUGGAAGUUAUCAAUGGUAUGAAAUUGGAAGGCGAUGACUUAUUAAUGAUUGUAGAAUAAAUUAGCCAAAUAAAACGAUGAUCAUACAAUAUAUAAGCGUCAUCCUUUUUCCCCUGUGUAUUCACAUACCUACUCCUCAUUCAAUUUUAGAUGUAGUAAAAUGUUUAUGUUUAAAAAAAUAUACGUGCGCGAUUUUUUUAGAAAUCUUUACACAAACCAUUUUCUACAAAAAAAAUAAAAUAAACAAAAUUAAUUAAAUUUAAAUAUUUAAAAUAGAUUUAAUGCUAAAGUACCAGUGAUAAUGUUUUAAAAGGCCAAUCGAAAGUUCAAAAUAAAUGACAUCAUGUAAUACGUUUAUAUACUUAAUUAAGCUUCAAAAAACAACAACAAAUUUUUUAUUAUUUUUUUUUACUUUUUUUUGAUUUCAAUUCUUUUUUCUUUUUUAACGCACAAUACAACUAUAAGUUUUGUAAAUUAUA